AUGCCUACACCCUCUGAUUUUUCUUAUUCUGAAUGGUUUCAAAACAUCAAUUCGGAGAUUUUUGGUAUAUUCCAGAUUUACAAGUUAGUCAUCCUUCAUCGUGCUAAAUUAGCAAACCUUUGCCAACAAUUGAGCAAAUUUAGAAAAAUUAUCAGACAAAUCGAAUAUCCAUGCGAUAAGCCAUCUCCAAAGCAAGUUAAAAAACUCCAAGAACUUGUAAUUUUACUUAAUAACCUAAAGGACUUAUUUUCUGGUUUGACCAAUGACAAUUUUAUACCGUUCAUUGAAAAAAUGGAUAUCCAAUAUGUUAAAAAUUAUAUAAUGAGUUUCAAAAUAGAAUUUAAUGAUCAUUGUACUAAUUUUCAAUUUCUUCCUCAAAAUAUAAUGACAAAUGACUUGAAUCAAGAUUCAUACGAUGAUCAAGGUGAUAUACAUGAUAUUAUUGAACAUUUGACAGAAUUGAUUAACCAAAACAUUCUUUCGACAAAAAGUUUAUCACAAAUUAAUGAAAAGAUUGUUCAAUACAAAAAUCAUCUCACAGACUUUACUACAAUGAUGACAUAA